AUUUGAUAGAAUGAGUGGAUUUGGCGUGCAGAGUAACUCGCAUUCAGGAAAAUGAGAAGGAACCCCCGCGACGCUAGGCCGUAUAAGCCCAUUGGGAAAUGGGCUGCAGAGUCCAUGGCCAGUUGUCCUAGGGAACUAAGAACAGUUUGAGAUUAAGCCCCACACCCCGCUCUUCCGGACGGGCUGGUGCUCAGGUGCCUACUCUGGCUUCCCUCUAUCCCAGCAAGGUUCUCCGUAAUUCCGAAUCACCGUGACUUACUGCUCCUCCCCGCUAGAACCAUCGGUCCGGGAAUUCCUGCCAGGAGCAAGAUUUGGGACCCAGGAGGUUCAAAGUCCAGCCAGAGGCAGACCUUGAUCCCCAGCUUCCAGUUGAGGAAACACAGCUCGCUCCAUAGCAGAAGAGAAACUGGCCUAUGAACAGCCAUGCAGCCCAAGACUCUGCCAGCCCCAUCCGGACCACAAACAUAGGGCAGGUGCGGGGCAGCCUUGUCCAUGUGAAGGGCAGCGACACAGGGAUCCACACCUUCCUGGGAAUUCCCUUUGCCAAGCCACCUAUAGGACCACUGCGGUUUGCACCCCCUGAAGCACCUGAGCCCUGGAGUGGAGUGAGGGAUGGAACAUCUUAUCCUGCUAUGUGUCUGCAAGAUGCUGAUAAAAUGAAGAUGUUUAAUAUGACCAUUCCUUCUGUCCCUUUAUCCGAGGACUGCCUGUACCUCAACAUCUAUACACCUGCCCAUGUUCAUGAGGGGUCUCGCCUGCCUGUGAUGGUAUGGAUCCACGGUGGGGGGCUAGUUUUAGGCUCGGCUUCCACGUAUGAUGGAUCCAUUCUGGCAGCGUCUGAGAACGUGGUGGUGGUCACUAUCCAGUACCGCCUGGGUGUCCUGGGCUUCUUCAGCACUGGAGACCAGCAUGCCACUGGCAACUGGGGCUACCUGGACCAAGUGGCUGCCCUACGAUGGGUUCAAAAGAAUAUCAUUCACUUCGGAGGCAACCCUGACCGGGUCACCAUUUUUGGGGAGUCUGCAGGUGGUGUAAGCGUGUCAUCACUUGUGUUGUCCCCCAUGACUCGCGGACUCUUCCAUGGUGCCAUCAUGGAGAGUGGGGUGGCCCUCCUGCCCGAUCUCAUCUCCAGCUCAUCUGAGACCGUCUACACAAUGGUGGGCACCCUGUCUGGCUGUGGACAGAUUGACUCAGAAGCCAUGGUGAGAUGCCUACGUGGCAAGAGUGAAGAGGAGAUUGUGGCUAUUACAAAGUCCUUCAAGAUCAUCCCUGCUGUAGUGGAUGGGGCCUUCCUGCCCAGGCACCCCCAGGAGCUGCUGGCCUCUGCUGACUUUCACCCUGUCCCCAGCAUCAUUGGUAUCAACAGUGAUGAGUAUGGCUGGGUUGUCCCAAUGAGUCUCGGCUCUGCUGAUACCAAGAAGGAAAUGAACAGAGAGAUUCUGCGGACUGUUCUGCAGAGCAUGUCAGCACAGAUGACAUUGCCAGCUGAAUUCGUUGACCUGUUGAUGGAGGAAUACUUUGGGGACAUUGAGGAACCCCAGGCCCUUAAAAUCCAAUUCCAUGAGAUGAUGGGGGAUUUUACGUUCGUGAUUCCUGCACUCCAAGUAGCACAUUUUCACCGUUCCCAUGGCACUGUCUACUUCUAUGAAUUCCAGCAUCCUCCCAACUUCCUCAAAAACAGCAGGCCACCCUACAUGAAGGCUGACCAUGGCGAUGAAGUUUCCUUUGUCUUUGGAUUCUUCUUGUGGAGCAACCAUGUUCACUUCACUGAGGAGGAGAAACUACUAACUAGAAGGAUGAUGAAAUAUUGGGCCAACUUUGCACGAAAUGGGAACCCCAAUGGCCAAGGCCUUCCCCACUGGCCUGCAUUGGACCAUGAGGAGCUGUACCUGCAGCUGGACAUCGAGCCUACUGUGGGCCGUGCCUUAAAGGCCCCCAGGCUGAAGUUCUGGACAGAGACUCUGCCUCAGAAGAUCCAGGAGCUAAAGAGGGCUGAGGAGAAGCAUGCAGAGCUGUAGUGCUCUGUGAGGAGGAGGGAGGUGGGUGUGAGUGCAGGUGGGGUCUGCCUGUGGUGACCACACCCACAGCGCCAUUUAUCCACUCUUCAUCUAUUCAUUCAGUGCUCAGUAAUGAAGAAUCUAUUGCAUAAUGUUCAUUGCCAAACCUGACUUGUGUCCCAUCUUUUUAGACACUUAUUACAUCCCCAGGGUCAUGGCUUGUAUCUAGGUAUCUCUCCAAAGUCUCAUGUAGUCUUAGGUGGGGCUUUCCAGAGGUGACUGAAUGUAAGGUAUGUGAUGCUGGGAUUAAGUAUGUGAAUCUGGGAUUGAUUCAUGAUGUGAUGAUAGGAUUAAGGGUAUCCCAUCCUGUGUGUGACUGCUACUUCCCCUCAGGGUGUGUAGCCUGGAUAGAAUGUAAGGGACAGAAAAAAGGCUUGUUACUGCUACUUGUCAGUUGCUGCUUCUAUGCAGCUUUUUUUGCCUUCUUCCUGCCAUGAACUGUUUCUCCUCUGUGAUGCCCUUUUGCAGUUCCACCCUGCCUUGCAGCUAGCCAUCUAUGGGCUAAAUCCUCUACAAAAUUCUCCUUUAACUUUGGGUGUUGGGUAUUUUUUGUCAGUAAUAGGAAAAGUAUCUAAGACACCCAGGGAGCUGUCGAUGGGUAAGUCCUAUUGGACACCCACUUCCCUCAAGACCACACUGGAUCUGGACCCCUUUUCCUUUCUUUGCUAUAUCUUCAUGCCUCCACUCUUUGUCCUCCUAGCCCCUACUCUUGCUUGAAAUGAAAAUGAUGCCAUGGAGAAUGUUACCCACACCUGGGUGUCAAAAUUCUUUUCACCUCUCAAUGAUUGCAUCUAUGCUCAUAUCCAAAUAGGCCAACAGAAACCAGAUUACAUGAACUUAUGCUCUUUGCAUGUUCAUUCUGCUGCAAAAGUAUUAUAAACUGGAUACUUAUAAAUAACAGAAAUUUACUUAUAGCUCAGGAUACUAAAAAGACCAGCAUCCAAGUGCUGGCAAAUUUUAUGUGUAGUGAGGGCUUGUUCUCUGGCCCAGAGAUGGCAUCUUCUCAUUGUUAUCAUGCUUGGUAGAAGGACAAACAGUAGCCCUUACAACCUUAUCACCUCUUAAGGGAUCCACCACUUUGAUCAUCAAAUUAUAAAUUAGCUUUCACCUUGAUGAGAAUGGUGGGGCACAAGGUUGAAAGAGCAUACCUCCUAGAGCUCCCCAUAGCAGCCACCAAGCUUGCCAACUA